CAGAGAGAGAGAGAGAGAGAGAGAGAGAGAGAGAGCCAAUUUUCUUCUGGUGAUUCAGCUAUCACUCUCUUACAACAACACUCGUGGGAGAGAAACAGAGCACAACUCCAUUUACUCAUCAGCUCUGGAAAUCAGGAAACAAGAUCCACUGGAUAAUUUGAAACUUGAGAUUACCGAUUGGGUCGAUAAUGGAGGGAGGAGAGAAGAACUUAACUAGAGCGAUUUCCAAUGUCUGGAGGAACAGCGGGAGAGAGGUUUUUUCUCUCUCUUCCGAUGAAGAAGACGACGGAGAAGCACUGAAAUGGGCAGCUCUGGAAAAACUACCAACAUUUGUGAGGAUCAGGACAGGAAUUCUGAGUGAAGAUGAGGGACAAUUUAGAGAAAUUGAUGUCAAGAAACUUGGUGUGAUAGAGAGAAGGAAUUUGGUGGAAAGGCUUGUGAAAACUGUUGAGGAAGAUAAUGAGAAGUUCUUGUUGAAGCUCAAGGAAAGAAUUGACAGAGUUGGGAUUAAUCUUCCGACUAUUGAAGUGAGAUUUGAGCAUUUGAAUGUCGAUGUGGAGGCCUAUGUUGGUGGGAGAUCACUGCCAACGAUUUUAAACUUCUUUGUUAAUAUUUUCCAGGAAUUCUUGAAUCAUCUCCAGAUUAUUCCAAGUAAGAAGAUGCCCUUGACAAUUCUCCAUGAUGUUAGUGGAAUCAUCCAGCCUAGCAGAAUGACAUUGCUUUUAGGCCCACCAAACUCUGGAAAAACAACAUUGCUGCUAGCUUUGGCCGGAAAACUUGAUCCUAAUCUAAAAGUUUCAGGGAUAGUAACGUACAACGGUCAUGGAAUGGAUGAGUUUGUCCCCCAAAGGACAUCAGCCUAUACAAGCCAGCAUGACCUGCAUAUAGGAGAACUGACAGUGAGAGAAACACUAGCUUUUUCAGCUCGAUGCCAAGGGGUUGGGCCUCGUUAUGAAAUGCUAACCGAAUUGUCCCGGAGGGAAAAAGAAGCCAACAUUAAGCCAGACCCAGAUCUUGAUAUUUACAUGAAGUCAGCAUCGCUACAAGGCCAGAAGGCCAAUGCGGUCACAGAAUAUGUACUUAAGAUUUUGGGGCUGGAAGUUUGUGCUGACACUCUAGUAGGUGAUGAAAUGCUGAGAGGAAUUUCCGGUGGGCAGAAAAAACGAGUCACAACAGGGGAGAUGCUAGUUGGACCAGCUAGAGCGCUCUUCAUGGAUGAGAUAUCAACUGGCUUGGACAGUUCUACAACUUUUCAGAUUGUGAACUCAAUCAAGCAGUACAUCCAUAUCCUCCAAGGAACUUGUGUUAUCUCCCUCCUCCAGCCGGCACCAGAAACUUACGACUUAUUCGAUGACAUAAUUCUUCAAUCAGACGGUCAAAUUGUAUACCAAGGGCCCCGUGAGAAUGUGCUUGAGUUCUUUGAACACAUAGGCUUCAAGUGUCCAGACAGGAAAGGGGUGGCUGACUUCUUACAAGAAGUGACGUCGAGGAAAGAUCAAGAGCAGUACUGGACAAGGAGACAUGAGCCUUAUGGUUUUGUUACUGCCAGGGAAUUUGCAAAGAUAUUUCAGUCCUUUCAUGUUGGUCGGAAGCUAGAGGACGAGCUUUCCAUCCCGUUUGACAAAGCCAAGAGCCACCCGGCGGCCUUAGCAACUAAUAAAUAUGGUGUCAGUAAGAAAGAACUGCUGAAAGCUCUCAUAUCCAGGGAGUACUUGCUCAUGAAGAGGAAUUCGUUUGUCUACAUAUUCAAGAUGACUCAACUUAUUAUAAUGGCAUUCGUUGUGAUGAUGAUAUUUUUACGAAGUGAGAUGAGCAAGAAAACAAUAGAAGAUGGUGUGAUUUUCAUGGGUGCUCUCUUCUUUACUCUCCUUACGACUAUGUUCAAUGGGUUCGCAGAGCUAGCCAUGACUAUCAUGAAACUUCCUCCCUUUUACAAGCAAAGGGAUCUUCAUUUUUUCCCUGCGUGGGCAUUUGCUUUGCCCACAUGGAUCCUCAAGAUCCCAAUAACAUUUAUAGAAGUUGGUAUUUGGGUGUUCACCAGUUAUUAUGUUAUAGGUUUUGAUCCAAACGUCGGAAGGUUGUUCAAAAUGUACCUUCUACUCCUUUGCGUUAAUCAGACAGCAUCUGGACUGUUCCGACUUAUUGCUGCAUUAGGACGAAACAUGAUUGUGGCAAACACGUUUGGCUCAUUUGCAUUACUUGCAAUUCUGGUGUUGGGAGGAUUUAUAUUGUCAAGAGAUGAUAUAAAGAAGUGGUGGAUAUGGGGUUAUUGGGCCUCGCCUCUGAUGUAUGGGCAGAACGCUAUAGCGGUGAAUGAAUUUCUUGGGGACAGUUGGAGACACGUGCCUCCUAAUUCUACAGAAUCAUUAGGAGUAUUGGUUUUGAAGUCUCGUGGAAUAUUUCCAGAAGCCCAUUGGUAUUGGAUUGGAGUAGGAGCUUUAGUUGGAUAUGUUUUUCUGUUCAAUGCCUUGUUCUCUUUGGCUCUCGCAUAUCUCGGCCCAUUUGAGAAGCCUCAGGCAGUUCUUUCUGAUGAAACCUUAGCUGAGAGAAAAGCUUGUAAAGCAGGAGAAGUUAUUGAGCUCCCUUUGAGAGAUAAGAGCUCGUUCGGAAGGGGCGAUGAAGUUCAAAGAAGUGUAUCACUGAAAUCAAGCUCUUCAAGAAUGAGGAGCAUUAGUGAGGCUAACCAAAAUAGGGAGCGGGGAAUGGUUCUACCAUUUGAGCCCCUUUCCAUCUCUUUUGAUGAUAUCAAGUAUUCUGUAGACAUGCCACAGGAAAUGAAAGCACAAGGUAUACCAGAAGACCGGCUAGAACUCCUGAAAGGAGUGGGUGGUGCUUUUAGACCAGGAGUCCUUACAGCGCUAAUGGGUGUUAGUGGGGCCGGUAAGACCACUUUGAUGGAUGUCUUGGCUGGUAGAAAAACUGGUGGAUAUAUUGAAGGGAGGAUCUUGGUAUCAGGAUACCCAAAGAAGCAAGAAACAUUUGCUCGCGUAGCUGGAUAUUGCGAGCAAACUGAUGUUCAUUCUCCUCAUGUCACAGUUUACGAGUCUUUGAAUUACUCUGCGUGGCUUCGGUUGCCUCAUGAAGUUGAUUCUGCCACCAGAAAGAUGUUUGUUAAUGAGAUAAUGGAGCUGGUUGAGCUAACACCAUUAAGGGAAGCCCUUGUUGGGUUGCCAAGCGUAAGUGGUCUUUCGACCGAGCAACGCAAGAGACUUACAAUUGCAGUUGAGCUUGUAGCCAACCCAUCAAUAAUUUUUAUGGAUGAACCAACGUCAGGACUUGAUGCUAGGGCUGCAGCAAUAGUGAUGAGAACGGUGAGAAACACAGUAGAUACCGGAAGAACUGUGGUGUGCACCAUCCAUCAACCAAGCAUCGACAUCUUUGAUGCAUUCGAUGAGCUAUUUCUAUUGAAACGAGGAGGUGAAGAAAUAUACGUAGGUCCAUUAGGCCACCACUCUUUACAUCUCAUCGCAUACUUUGAGGGUAUCAAUGGAGUCAAUAAAAUAAAAGAUGGUUAUAAUCCAGCUACUUGGAUGUUAGAGGUGACUUCAAUAGCACAAGAAGCAGCUCUUGAGGUUGACUUUGCUCAAGUUUACAAGAACUCAGAACUAUACAGGAGAAACAAAGAAACAAUUACAGAACUGAGUACACCCCCUUGGGGAUCAAAAGAUCUAUGCUUUGCCACUCAGUACUCGCAGUCUUUCUUCACCCAAUGUAUGGCAUGCCUAUGGAAACAACACCUAUCAUACUGGCGAAACCCACCAUACACUGCAAUGAGAUUCUUGUUCACAACUAUUAUAGCUUUGCUGUUUGGGACAAUCUUCUGGCAUAUUGGCUCCAAAAGGGGAACACAACAAGAUAUAUUCAAUGCAAUGGGAUCUAUGUACAGUGCUGUCAUUUUUGUUGGUGUACAAAAUGCCACGUCAGUGCAGCCAGUAGUAGCUGUUGAGAGAACUGUCUUUUACAGGGAAAAAGCAGCAGGAAUGUACUCAGCUUUGCCUUAUGCUUUUGGACAGGUUGUGAUUGAGCUCCCAUACAUUCUUGUUCAAAGUGUCAUUUAUGGAGUCAUAGUCUACAGUAUGAUCGGAUUUGAGUGGACAGUAGCCAAAUUCUUUUGGUAUUUGUUCUUCAUGUAUUGCACCUUCUUAUACUUCACAUACUAUGGGAUGAUGACUGUAGCUGUAACUCCCAACCACAGCAUCGCAGCCAUAGUUGCUUCUGCCUUCUAUGCUGUAUGGAACCUUUUCUCCGGCUUCAUCAUUCCAAAAACAAGGAUUCCAUUGUGGUGGAGGUGGUAUGUCUACAUUUGCCCGGUAUCUUGGACUUUGUACGGAUUAGUUGCUUCACAGUUUGGAGACAUUCAGGACAGGCUUGACACGGGUGAAACAGUCAAACAAUUUGUGGUAAAUUACUUUGAUUUUAGGCAUGAUUUUGUGGGUUAUGUUGGUAUAAUUGUGGCUGGGAUAGCUGUGCUCUUUGGGUUCAUAUUUGCCUUCUCAAUUAAGGCAUUUAAUUUUCAGAACAGAUAAUAAUGAUGUAUGUAAACAACAUGCAUGGUGAAGAUUCGUGCAAUGACAAUGAUGCCUGAGACCAUAUUUUCGAAGCU